GAGCCGGUGACGGGAGUCAGGAGGAGGCCAAUGGCGCUGUACGGGGCUGCGGCCGCCGUGCUCUCCGGGCUAGAGGCGCACCAGGGCUCCCUCAAGAGCCUGGUCUAUAGCAGCCGCUUCCAGAACGUCCGGCAGCUGUACGCUCUGGUCUGCGAGACGCAGCGCUAUUCGGCUGUGCUGGACGCAGUGAUCGGCAGCGCCCGCCUCCUAGAGGCCGAGAAGAAGCUGAAGCCACACCUGGCCAAGGUCCUGGUAUACGAGCUGCUGCUGGGCCGGGGCUUACGGGGUGGAGGCCGAUGGAAGCCUGUGCUGUCUCGGCACAAGGCGAGGCUGCAGGCCGAGUUUGCCCGGCUCAAGGUGAAGCGGUGCGUGAGCCGCAACGAGGACCUCCUAGAGUCGACUCCUGGGGCCGUUCAGGAGGCGCGGCUCCCUCGCUUUGUGCGAGUGAACACACUCAAGACCAACCUCAGUGACACCAUUGAUUACUUGAAGCGCGAGGGCUACUCCUACCAGGGCCGUGCUUCUGGACCGGACGAGCUACGGGCCUUAGAGGGGAAACUUUUUUUUCUGGACUCACUGCUUCCAGAGCUACUUAUAUUCUCUUCAGGCACUGACCUCCAUAAGCACCCGCUGUACCAGGCUGGCCAUCUCAUCCUGCAAGACAAGGCAAGCUGCCUCCCAGCCAUGCUGCUUGCCCCGCCCCCUGGCUCCCACGUCAUCGAUGCGUGUGCUGCCCCAGGCAAUAAGACGAGCCACCUUGCUGCUCUGCUGAAAAACCAGGGGAAAAUCUUUGCUUUUGACUUGGAUGCUGGGCGGCUAGCCACCAUGGCCACACUGCUGACCAGGGCUGGAGUCUCUUGCUGUGAGAUAGCCAAUGAGGACUUUCUCUCUGUAUCUCCCUCUGACCCACGUUACUGCCGGGUCCAGUACAUCUUGCUGGACCCUUCUUGCAGCGGUUCCGGCAUGGCGUCAAGGCAGCUAGAGGAGCCUGGUGCAGGUACCCCCAGCCAGGCACGUUUACAUGCUCUGGCUGGGUUCCAGCGCCGUGCCCUGAGCCACGCGCUCUCCUUCCCGGCCCUGCAACGUGUCGUCUAUUCGACCUGCUCCGUGUGCCAGGAGGAGAAUGAAGAUGUGGUCCGAGAUAUCCUGGAGCAGAACGGGGGCGCCUUUAGGCUUGUGCAUGCGUUACCUCUGUGGCCCCAGAGAGGCCUUGGCACCUUCCCAGGUGCAGAACACUGCAUCCGGGCAUCUCCUGAAGCCACGCUCACGGGAGGCUUCUUUGUCGCUGUACUGGAACGGGCAGAUGGGAAAAGCUCAAGUCCAGAACCACAGUUGCUGGCUGGAGAACCUGUGCCCAGUGUGGCUCCCAAGAAAAAGAAACGGCGCCGGCAAAAUGCAUCCACUACGUGAACGCGGGCUGUGCGCCUCCCUCCUCUGCUCUGGGCUGGGUCUCCUUCGAAUUUGGGAGCAGCAGCAGGCAGUUAGAGCUUCUGUGGGACCAGCUCUUGCCUGAGCCCCAAGGGGCACUUCUCACUGCUCUGCUUCUUA